AUGUUUAUUGAUCCUGCCCUCAUUAAUGCAUAUUUAUGGCUUCCAGAUGACCAUGAAGAAUACAUAGAUGUAAUAUGUGAAUUUCCAAAGGAAUUCAAGCAAGAUCAGCUUUUAACAGAGCUUCAAAAUAAUGAUCAAGAGAUUUACAUCGGUAUACAAACAAUGACACCGAUCGUUUGCGGCUGUCUUUAUGAUGUUGCAACUAAAAUCGAAAAAUUACCAGGCGAAGAAAACACUACAAUUUUCAGAAUUCAUAAAAAGACGAAAGGAAACUGGGAUAUGGUCAUCAAAGCACCAACAGAAGAAUUAUCAAUUAUUGAUCCACGCUCAGCCUUUACUCUUUCACAAUUAUUCUUAAAUACACAAGCCGAUCCAGAUCUUCCUGAUGAAAAGAAAGCAGAAAUCAUGAAUGUUGCUUUAGGUUACUUAAAGAUAGCUGUUGCAUGCAGAUAUCCUGAUGCUCUUGUUUUUGCAGCUCAAAUGACAUUAAAUUCAAAUGAUGUUGAAAAUCCACAAGAACAAGCCGCAAUUCUUCUUAAUAUGGCUGUUGCAUACGGUAAUCCUCAUGCCCAUUUCAUUCUUGGCCUCAUUCUUUCACAAAAUCCACAAACUGUCGGAGAUUCCAUUCCACACUUCGAAGCAGCCGUCGAAGGAGGAAUUGUUGAUGCUCUUAACGCUCUCGGAGAGAUAUAUUCACCCGAGCAAUUACCAAAAUACGAUCACGAAGAUGCAGACAAAGCAUUUGGCUAUUUCCAGAAGAUGUUGGAUAUCAGUCCAGAUUAUUCUUACGCUCUGAUGAACCUUGCGAAGUUAUACGCUGUCGGAAAAGGCUGCGAGAAAGACAUAAAGAAGGCGAAAGAAUACAGAGAUAAAGCUCUUUCUCUUAACCCUGAACUUGAGACAUUUGAGAUCAAAGAAGAAUCAGAAGGUAGCUGGCACAUUGCAGCUGCAGCUACUGCUGUUGCAGCUGCUGCUGGUAUAGCAGCUAUGAAUAUUAUGAAGAAGAAAUAA